AUGAAGCUUCAAAAAGAAUCCUCCAAGGAUUCAAUUUUGGAAGACGAAGACGGAGCGAGGGAAUUGCAUGCGAUGCAAGUUUUCUGCCAACGACAACACCAUUUGUUGGGAGUAGUGGAAGAAUGCAUCAGACAACUCCAUCAAAAUGAUGCACAAUUGGAUAUUUUAGCUGAGACGGCUAAUUUCCUCAAGAAAAGACAUGGAGAAAUUAAAGAAAAUUUGCAUCGAAUGAAAGAAAACGAACGAGCAAUGGAACUUUUGAGUACAGAAUUGGAAAAAGUGCAGAGACAAGUCGGCAUCUGGAUUGGAGAAGUCAAAGAAGUUCGUGAAGCACGCAAUAAUAUUGAGAUUCGAAUCGAAAUAGCGCACGGGGAAGCGAAAAAAUUCGCGAAAUUGGCUGAUGAAUUCACAGUCUAUAUUCAGAUGGAAAUCGGACAAAAUUUGAGUCUUUUAUGUCACAGCUUACAAGCAACGAAACUAAUUUGGACUUUUCCAAAUGAAACGAAUUCAAAACUUGCUGGUUUUGAUGAAGAAGAUUUUGAACGGAGAAUCAUGGUUGAACAAGAUGAUCAAAAUCCGAUUUUACACAUUCGAGAUCUUAAAGCAACCGAUACUGGAAUGUAUUCAUGUCCAAGCACUUUUCUGAAAACUAGUGUCUUUGCAUUGAAUGUGGAUCUCUCGAAAUUUGUGAUUCCAUGUCGAACAUCUUCACCAAUUCAAAGAGAAAAGAUGAAGUUAUUUGUGAAUGAUGAAGAAUGGAAAAGAAUGUGGGAACAUUACAAUCCAAGAAAGGGUUUUACGCUGCAUGAAAGUUCUCUACAAGAUCCAUUAAUUAACAAUAAACGUUUUCGAUGUGAGUACGAUAAUGAAAAGGAAAAACCUGAAUUUUUAAUAUUGGCCGAUCGAAAAGUCGACAAGAGCUCUCUGCGGCUUGAGAUUGAACCCAAGGAUAGCUGGGCUUACGAAGGUGCCGAGGAUUACACAAUUACUUGCACUCUGUCAAGUCAGUUAACGAAUUUACACAUCAAUCCUCAAGAAAAUCGUCUCGAGCUUAAAUGUCCUCGUUGCGCGACGAAAGAUAAAGAUUCGCUUAAACAAACGAGAAAGCGUUUGGACAACGAUCGAGCAGUGGCAUUGAUCGUGACAAUUCCAAAAUUGACAAGAGAAGAUGCUGGAGUUUAUAAUUGUUCUUGGCUUGAAGAAACUGGCGGUACUUUGGAAUAUCGUGAUUCGACAAACUUUCAUUUUGAGAUUUCUCAAAAUAAAGGCCAAAUUCGGUUCGAGAAUCACACAAAUGAACCGAUUAUUGUAAAAGAAGGUGAAACGAUUGAGUUGAAAGCGUUGGUUUCCGCGUUUCCGUUUGAUUUGCCAAAUUAUAACUCACGGUGGAGUCGAACAUAUCAAACAUCGGAAAAGGUCGAUGACGAGAUCUAUGAAUCAAUUGUUAAUGAUGACAACAAAAAGACUGAUAGUCGAAAAAGUAAUGAUGGGAAAUCAGUCGAAGAGUUGAAGAUUCUAAAAGCUCGACCAAAUGACUCAGCUGACUACACCUUGACUGUUGAAGUGGAUGAUAUCGUGAAAUCAAUAGAGUGGAAAAUAAAGGUUCUCACACCAAAACCGAGAGUCAAACUUGAAGCCCUUUCACCCAACAAUUUCGUGCAAUUCAAUCAGAAAUAUUACAAGACAAACUCAACAAUUCUCAUCCGCUGCAUUUCGACGGGACUUCCUUUGAGUAAACCAAAGUUAUCCUAUCAACAAAAUGGUGUACAAAAUGAAGUGAAUGAGGAAAAUCUCGAGAAAUUGGAGGGAACUUUCGAGAGUCGAGUCCUUUGGAGUACCACUGUUCUCGAUGAUUUCACUGUUAUCUGUUCGGCUGAACAAAACAAAAUAAAAGGAACCGAGUCACUGCAUGUUUUGGCCGCCGAAGAAGCACACGACGUUUGGACUAACACGAGUAAAAGUUCGAAAGCUGAAGAAAACGAGGAUGAUAAAACAGUGUAUGCUGGUGAUACUGUAUUGCUGUCUUGUCGAGCUAUCAAGGAUGAGCAAGUAUCAAUGCGAUGGUUACAUAACAAGGUUGAAAUGAAAGAGAAUGUCGAGAAACGACAGCAUGAACAUUCUGUCAUUUUGGAAUUGAGAAUUGAGAACAUCACUGUGCAAAAGUCGGGGGAUUAUACGUGCGAAGUGAAGCAAAAUGGAAACACGACUCAAGGACUCGAUCAAACCAUUAGAAUUGAGGUGAAAGGCGUCUCAGCUCCACUUUUACUUGAAAGUCAAGAAGAAACGGUUCGAGCAAAAACCGGUGAAGAGCACAAAUUUGAGUGCAAAAUGAGCGGCGUUCCAACUCCAAUUAUUACAUGGUGGAAAGACGGGAGUCAAGUCACUGAAGGAAUCACAGCUGAUGGAUCGCUCGUCAUACCUAAAAUGAUGAUUGAAGAUAGCGGUAAAUACGGUUGUAUUGGAAAGAAUCGAGCCGGUCAAGCCACUCGAACCGCUUUUCUAGAGGUAGAAGGUGAAAAACGGGGAGCCGGUUCGAUUAUUUUGGUGGCUCUCAUCGUUCUUGUGCUUCUUCUUUGCGUUUGUGUUUUCAUUUUUCUUUGGAUUAAACAAAGAAAAAGAUCUAUUGAACAAGAAAGAUCCUUGCGAGUGUUGUAUGAUGAAUUGAUGAGAGGUGGUAAACCGGUGUCACAAGAAGUUGCAGAGAUGAAAAUCCCACUCGAUCAACGAGUCAGCCAAAUCUCAUAUGAUUCAAAGUUUGAGAUUGAUAAGGAAAAUCUUGAAAUCGGAAGAGAAUUGGGAAAAGGAGAGUUCGGGAAAGUGUCAAUGGGAUUUCUGAAGAAGCCAGCUCGAGUCUCUGAUUCGACAGCUGAAAGAGUUCGGCUGAAUGUCGCUGUUAAGGAACCGUUGAAUGGUUUCAACAUUCAACACCAGCAAAUGCUGAUCGAUGAGCUGAAAAUCAUGUGCGCUAUUCGACCGCAUCCAAAUGUUCUUGCGCUUAUUGGAGCUGUAACGAAAAACAUCAGAGACGGUCGUCUUUUUGUUGUGAUUGAGCUUUGUGAUAAAGGAAGUCUCAAAGAUUUCCUUGUGAAUCUCAAGAGAAAUGUCGGCUCCUUUAAAGAUGAAUUGAGAAGAGCUCCAGAUGACGGAUAUUUAGCACCAAAUUCAAAACCAAAAAAAAUCUACGCGAGCGAGAUGGAUGAGGAGAAUGGAGAUCUUCCAACGAUAGUCGACGGUGAACAUGAAGCUCUCAUUCACAACCAGACAGCAACUCUUUGCUCAACAUCAGAUCUCCUCUCAUUCUCUAUGCAAAUCGCGAAUGGGAUGGAAUAUCUGAGCAGUAUUCCGUGUUUCCAUCGCGAUUUGGCCGCAAGAAACGUGUUGCUCACAAAGAACAAUCUUUGUCGAAUCGCGGAUUUCGGAAUGGCAAAAAGCAGCAAUAAAAGCUAUUACAGAAAAGAUCGUCACGAGAUUCCGAUGCCGGUGAAAUGGAUGAGUCCCGAAACAAUCGAGAAUGGGUAUUACACUCAAGCGUCUGAUGUUUGGUCAUACGGGAUUCUGUUGUACGAGAUGUUCACCCUUGGUGGUCAACCAUAUCCAAGUGUUGAGGGAAAAGAUGUCUACCAAAAAGUGUUUGAUGGAGAAAGAAAUAGACAACCAGAAUAUGCACAUGAUGAUCUGUACAAUUUGAUGCAACAAUGCUGGGAAUUUGAUCCAGACAAGCGACCGCUUUUCACUGAUUGUGUUCAACGAUUAAAGGAUCAUUUGCAAAAAGCUUCUCCUGGUUUUCUUGAUAAAGUUGAAGAAGAACUUUCAUUGGAAUGGAGUCAACUCGAUUCGUACACUGGAUGGAGAGAAGAACUCUUAGCUGAGCCAACAAACAUUCUGGUCGAACGUCCUCCACUGCAUUCACCAAAUGGGAAUCAAGAACGAAUCUACGUGCAAUCGUUUCCUCCAAGAAGA